GGAAAAUAGGAAGAAACAGCAAGACUAUUCCUGUCAUUUUACAACAACUAGGGUUUCCCUCACCCUUCGAAACCCUACUUUAUAAACAUCUCGAAAUCUCACUUCGACCCUCUCACCAGAGCCUCAUUUGCUUUUCAUCUUUAUACUCUCCUCUGCGAAAACCCAAUCCCUUUCUCUUAGGGUUUAGCAGGUAAGAAGAAAACAAAGCAUGGCGACGACGACAGCCCCAGCAGGUGCAAGGCAGCUUUCUCCUAAAGAAGCCGACAUCCAGAUGAUGUUGGCUGCCGAGGUUCAUCUCGGUACCAAGAACUGUGAUUACCAAAUGGAGCGUUAUGUGUUCAAGCGCCGCAAUGACGGAAUAUACAUCAUCAACCUUGGCAAGACCUGGGAGAAGCUUCAGCUUGCAGCUCGUGUAAUUGUUGCUAUAGAGAACCCCCAGGACAUCAUUGUCCAAUCUGCUAGGCCCUAUGGUCAGAGAGCUGUACUGAAGUUUGCACAGCACACUGGUGCUCAUGCAAUUGCUGGAAGGCACACUCCUGGUACAUUUACUAACCAGCUUCAGACAUCUUUCAGUGAGCCUCGCCUUCUUAUCCUUACAGAUCCUAGGACUGACCACCAGCCUAUCAAGGAAGCAGCUCUUGGAAACAUUCCAACCAUUGCUUUCUGUGAUACUGAUUCACCAAUGCGAUAUGUUGACAUUGGUAUUCCUGCUAAUAACAAGGGAAAGCACAGCAUUGGCUGUCUUUUCUGGCUGUUAGCAAGGAUGGUUCUCCAGAUGCGUGGUACAAUUGCUCCUGGACAGAAGUGGGAUGUGAUGGUGGAUCUGUUUUUCUACAGGGAGCCUGAGGAAGCUAAACAGCAGGAAGAGGAGGAAGCUGCUGGACCUGAUUAUGCACUCCCUGCUCCAGAGUAUGGAAUGGCUGCCUUAGGAAGUGAGCAAUGGCCUGCACAAAUAGGUGAACAGUGGUCUACUGAUGUGGUUCAGCCUCCUAUUUCUGGUGUUCCUGCUGUCAACUGGAGUGAUCAAGUUCCUCCCACGGAUGGUUGGGAUGCUGCAAUUCCUCCACCACAAAUCCCCGCACCUGGCAUCGACGAGAGUGCUCCUGCACCUGCUCCUGCUCCUGCUCCUGCUCCCACUGGCUGGGAUUGAGAUUUUCAUUUUGACCAAUGUUUUGCUUUUUAAAACGAGUUAUUUUGAACAUCUAUCAUUAUGAUGGAAAUGUGUUUUUGGCACAGUUUAGUUAUAGUUUUCUAGACAUGAAGGGCUUAGAGAUUUUGUUAUUUGUGGUGGUAUCGUAAGUGGUGAAUUAUUUUGUUAUAUGCGGCAAUGACUUGCUAUCCGAAAGUUACAAAUGCUUUUUGAUUUCUUCCAACUGCAA